GGUCAGUCAUUUGAAAACAGAUAUAAGUAUAAUAGUGGCUAACCAACGUAUUAUCUUGUUAGUUGUGUACGAGAUUAUCUUGCGAGUUUAACACUAUGUCGAGAAACGUCUUGCUAUUAUUCUUACUUUCAUUAACCUUGUAUCAAUUAUGCUUAAUUACGGAAGCUUAUCGUAUAUUAAAACAAUCACCGGAACAAGAGAAAAUAACUUGUGGAUAUCAAUCAUGUCCAGCUAUUCAAUCAAACAAAUUAAAUAUUCAUCUGGUACCUCAUACCCACGAUGACGUAGGAUGGUUAAAAACUGUUGAUCAAUAUUACUUUGGAAGUAGAUCUAAAAUACAAAAAGCUGGUGUACAAUACAUACUUGACAGUGCAAUUGAAGCAUUAUUAAAAAACCCUGAUAGAAGAUUCAUAUACGUUGAAACUGCAUUCUUAUGGAAAUGGUGGUUAAGACAAAACGAGAAUGUAAAAAAAGAUGUGAGGAUGCUGAUAAAUACAGGAAGAUUAGAAAUCAUUGGUGGUGCUUGGAGUAUGAAUGAUGAAGCUGUUACUCAUUAUCAAUCAAUUGUUGAUCAAUUUACUUGGGGAUUUAGGAGAUUGAAUGAUACUUUUGGUAAUUGUGCAAGACCACACAUUGGCUGGCAAAUAGAUCCUUUUGGUCAUUCAAGAGAACAGGCAUCUUUAUUUGCACAAAUGGGAUUUGAUGGGAUGUUAUUUGGUCGUUUGGAUUAUCAGGACAAGUCACAACGUUUAAAGGACAAGAGUAUGGAAUUUAUUUGGAAGGCUAGCUCAAGUCUUGGUGAUCGUGCGAACUUGUUUACUGGUGCUAUGUUUAACACUUACAGUCCACCGCCUGGUUUUUGCUUUGAUGUAUUAUGUGACGAUGAACCAGUAAUUGAUGACCCUGAUAGCCCAGACUAUAACGUUCCCAAGAAAGUGGAGUACUUCUUGGCAUAUGUAUUAUUUCAAGCGAAAUUUUACAAUACUAAUAAUGUUAUCAUCACCAUGGGAGACGAUUUUAAUUAUCAACAUGCAGAAAUGUGGUUCAACAAUUUAGACAAAUUAAUCAAAUAUGGAAACGAAUUAAAUGGAUCAACGGUUAAUUUAAUUUACUCAACACCAUCAUGUUAUUUGAAAGCAUUGCACGAUUCAAAUAUUAAUUGGCCAACAAAAUCCGAUGAUUUCUUUCCAUAUGCAAGCGAUCCUCAUGCUUAUUGGACAGGAUACUUUACUUCAAGGCCAACGAUAAAAUAUUUCGAAAGAAUGGGAAACAAUUUGUUACAAAUGAGCAAACAAUUAUCCGUAUUGGCAAAAUUGAAGGAAAAUGAAAAAGAAUUGGAACAAUUCCGUGAAGCUAUGGGUGUCAUGCAACAUCACGAUGCAGUUACUGGAACGGAAAAACAAUUGGUUGCAGAUGAUUAUGCUCGUUUGUUGUAUGAGAACGUGUUCAAUAACGAAAAUAUCGCAGCUAAAUCUAUUUACAAAUGGUCUAAUCAAGAAAAUUCAACGUUAGAAUGGAAAACCUAUUCUUGUUUAGAAUUGAACAUAAGUUCUUGCGUUUAUACAGAAAAUAGUUCAGAUUUUGCAGUGAUAAUAUACAAUUCACAAAGUCAGCCAGUUUCUACUUACGUUCGUUUACCAGUUAAUGGAAAUUCUUAUGAAGUAUUGGACUCGACAGAUAAUGUCAAAAUCGUAUCGCAAAUUGUACCGAUACCUGAAAGAGUUUUACAAAUACCAGGAAGAGAAAGUAAAGCAACUAAAGAAUUAGUGUUUCGGGUUAAUGAUUUGCCACCGUUGGGUUACAAAGCAUAUGAAAUAAGUGCAAAAUCUGAUAUGAAAGAAGAAACGCUUGGUGAAUCAACUAACUUCAUAGGAGGAGACUUGUACACAAUAACCGUUGACGAUUCUGGUCAUAUAGCUGUACAAUAUAACGAUCAAAGUGACAUGAAUUUUGUUCAAUCAUUUCAUUAUUAUGAAGGAGCAGAAGGUAAUAACAAAGUAUAUGAAAAUCGAUCAUCCGGUGCUUACAUCUUUAGACCGAAAACUUCAGAGAUCCAUAAUUUUGUAUACGAGAGAGAUUACACCAUAGUUAAAGGUCCUUUGGUAGAAGAAAUUCAUCAAAAUGUUAACGAAUGGAUCAGCCAAGUUGUCAGAGUUUAUAAACAAGAGGAACGUAUUGAAUUCGAAUGGCUAAUUGGUCCUAUUCCCAUCGACGACAAACAAGGUAAAGAAAUAGUUACGAAGUAUACGAGUAAUCUUAAUUCCAAUGGUGAAUUUUAUACGGAUAGUAAUGGUCGUGAAACAUUGAAACGUAAACGAGAUCAUAGACCAACGUGGAAUUUAAGAUUAUACGAACCAAUUGCUGGAAAUUAUUAUCCCGUAACUACGAAAAUGUAUUUGAAGGAUAAAAAUAAACCAUUGAAAUUUAGCGUUUUUACUGAUCGUUCUCAAGGUGGUACCAGCAUGAAGAACGGAGAAUUAGAAUUAAUGAUACAUAGAAGAUUAUUAAACGACGAUGCAUUCGGUGUUGGUGAAGCUUUGAACGAAGUUGCUUACAACACUGGUCUGGUAGUACGCGGUAUUCAUUACGUUUAUGGUGGUAAUACCAAAAAUCUUGAUGCAUUUACAUUGAAAGAGAAAAAAUUAACAUUAGAAUUAGCACUUCGUCCAUCUAUCUUCGUUACACCACUGACACAAACAAAUAUUGACAAUUGGCGUAAUACUAAUGCAUUGAAAAAAUCUGGAUUGGCUAAAGCGUUACCACCAAAUGUUCAUUUACUUACAUUAGAACCAUGGAAAAAUGAUACUAUUUUAUUAAGACUUGAACAUUUAUUCGAAGCAGGUGAAGCUAUGCAAUGGUCUGCGCCAGUAGAUGUUAAUAUUAAAGAUUUAUUCGCAUCCUUCAAAAUAACGUCGAUUAAGGAAACAACAUUGGGUGCAAAUCAAUGGUUAGAAGAUAACAAUCGUUUGAAAUGGAAUUCAGAAACGAACGAUAUUUUAAACGAUUUCAAAGAUACGUUCGAUCCUAUUGAAAUUCGAGAAGGUGCAAUUAAUGUACAUUUAAAACCUAUGGAAAUACGUACUUUCAUUUUAGAAGUAUCAUAUAAUUAAUUUAAUGAAAAUUCAUUAUUAUGUACAUAUACAUAUUAUAUAAAUAAUAUAAAGUACAUGUGUAUGAACAAAAAUUUGUAUUACGUCAUGAAUAAAAUAUACUUAUCGCGAGAUUUAAAUAAUAUGUUAUAAUAAAAUAUUACAUUUAAUCAAUAUAAUAUAUAUUCAAUGUGAA